UUAGAAUCUGCCGUUUACGACCAAUCAGAAAACGAGGACGGUUGUAAAUUGACUUCAAUUCUCGACGGUUGCAUCAAGUAACGUCACAAUCUUUAUUGCUGUUGGAGCGUAAGCUGUUUGCUAGUCUUGUUCUGGGUUACUUUCUUCUUUUAAAUAGAAUUUUGACCGUAGAUAUCAAAUAUGGGAAGUCAAACGUUUCAAUUUACGUGGAAUAAUCACGAGAAGGAUCUGGUGUCUAGUUUCAAGCAGUUAUUGACUACGGAAGGUUUGAUGGACGUCACUCUAUCUUGCGAAGGAAAACAAAUGAAAGCGCACAAAUUGAUAUUGAGCGCGAGUAGUCCACUCUUUAACAAUAUUUUUAUGGAUAAUCCGAAUCAAUAUCCCGUUAUCGUCCUAACCGAUACGAAGUAUUCCGAUCUGAAAAUGAUUCUGGAUUUUAUUUAUAACGGCAAAAUUUUUAUCCCGAGAAGUCAACUUGCUAGACUUUUAAAGACUGCAGAAGCGCUGAAAAUAAAGGGUUUAAUUCAAUCCGAAGAAGCUCCGGAAGAAAUGCCAAAUGAAUCUGCCGAAGUUUUCACUUCGCUACGGAGGAAAAGAAAACGGAGGAGGAAGAGAAGCUCGAGUGAAUCGGACGACGUGGUCGAGAUUCCCUCUAAAGUUAAGUCGCCAGAACCCCCACUUUUAUCUCCGUACCGGAAAGAAAAAUCUUUCACGUCGUUUGCAGAUAAUAAAAUAACCGAAUCGACCAAGGACGAAGUCGAAAUAAUCGAAAAUCCUCCGAUAAUCCAUCUCGAAGCCGACGAUGAGAUCGAGAUUGUAAGGGAAAAUGAAGGUGAAAAUGUCGAAUCCGAAGCUCCAUCCGAACCGAUAUCGUCGCAGAAUCUUGUUUCCACAACUAUGCCCGACCCAUCGACAUUCGUUAUAGCAUCCACAUCUACACUUGUUUCGAAUGAAAUUAAAAUAAGCGAUGUAAGGACAGAUGAUAACGAUCGAUUAUCCGAAAAUUCUAUAACUAGGGAUUUUUCUCUUCAAUAUUCGUCUACAAGUUCCGAUAUUGUUUUUAUAGAAACUCCAGCGACGUCCAGUCAAACCGGUUUGGACCAAAGCAUUCCCGACGGUCCUCAUGAAGAACCUUCAAUGUCGGAGCCAUCGAUAGCCGGUACUUCCCGUGACGAUUCGAAUUUAUCGGAAUCAAGUAAUUCUAAAGGUGAGGCAUUGGUUUUUACACGUUUAUUUCUAUACCGAAUUUACAGGUGUAAUGCAGAAUUUAUUCUGUGAAUGUUUAAUGGUAAUUUGUUUAAUUAUUCUGUAAACUUGGGUAACGUAUGACGAAUAAUCUCAUAUAUAUAUAUAUAGCAGAAUCUAAUUCAUU